UCAGUCUGAUUAUUUUUGGGUUGAUUGGUCGAUGGAUUACUUCCGCCUUUCUUCAAACGAAACAUGGCAGCCACUCCAGCUACAAAUCCGUCACAGUUGCUCCCACUUGAACUCGUGGACAAAUGUAUAGGUUCCCGAAUCCAUAUCGUCAUGAAGAACGACAAAGAAAUUGUUGGCACCCUGUUGGGUUUCGACGAUUUUGUCAACAUGGUGCUAGAGGACGUGACAGAAUUUGAAAUCACACCGGAGGGAAGGAGGAUCACCAAACUGGAUCAGAUACUGCUCAACGGCAACAACAUCACCAUGCUCAUACCUGGAGGUGAAGGGCCCGAAGUAUGAAAAUAACAUUUUGCUGAAACAUUGUUUUACGUUGUGGAUGUAUACUUGCCUUCCUAUCAGUACUUUACUUUCCUCAGUUUGUGAUGUUUUAUUAUGGUUCUUUUGGUUUUUAGUUUUGAGAAAAUAAUUGUAACAAAAGUUUAGGUUUUUUUUUCCUAAUGAAGGCUAAAUAAAGGUUUGUGUACAGAGAAA